AUGGGUAACAACCAUUCGGCGUCCAACAAGGCGGGCGGGCCUGGGUCGCCUCCGCAGCAGCAGCAGCCGUCGCAGCCAGGCGUCGACUCUCCUCGCCAGCCUCACCACCGCAAGGACGGCUCCCGCAACAUCAUCCCCAUCCACGGUGCCCGCGCCGCUGCCGCCACCGAAUCCUCGUCUCUCCAGGCCCAGGGCUCCAUUGCUGCCUCCGUGCCCAAGCCCAAGAUCGUGCCCGCCACCGGCCUCUCGUCCCUCAGCGGCUCGCCGCAUAGCAGCACCGUCUCCUCCGUCGCCAACGCCGCUGCCGCCGUUACCGCCGCCGUCGUCGCCGGCAGCCCUAAGCCGUCCGAGCCGCGGCCCAUCCUACGCGACGAACCUUCCAAGCCCGUUGCCGUCCCUAUCGAGGGGUCCCUGGCGCGUCCUCAUAUCCCCGCCGUCCCGUCAUAUGUCGAGGCCCAGCUCUUUUCCAACAAUAGCUUGACGGACGUGUACAUGAUGCGCCCGCCUCGCCUGCCGCUUCCUAUUGAGGAGGAGGUUCAUACCCCUGGCUCGCCUAUCCUCGGACCUGAUGAGAGCCUGGCCGAUCUCGAGCUCGGCGAGUCAUCCGAUGCCUUGACGAGGAAGAGCUCCGCACUUAGCUCUGGCACGGCCGAGGACGACGAGGGCGAGGAGCUACGCGUGGACAAGACUAGGCCGGUCGUUGCCACCAAGAUUGAGUGGAGGGGCGGUGGUGAAAAGAUUUGGGUUACGGGUACCAUUUUCCACUGGAAUCGAAAGCUCCGGUUGCGCCCUGUCGAGGGCCAGCCAGGUGUUUUUGCCGCCACGGUUCACGUUUUGCCCGGUACCCAUCACAUCCGCUUCUUGGUCGAUGGGAUUAUGCAGACAUCGCCCGACCUCCCCACCACUGUCGAUUUUGGAAACAACCUGGUAAACUACAUCGAGGUCAACCCCGACGACGUGGUAGCGACCAAACAAGGCGAAGCCGCCGAGGCUGCCGAGGCCGGAAAGGAGAAGGACGAGUCUCGCGCUGACUCACAGUCCAAGGAAGAGCCCAAGGUGGCCAGGGGAAAGCCCGUCUUGCCGCAAGCGGCUUACAACAGUCAGAUCCCACAGUACUUACUCGACUUCGACCAGGCUGAGGAGUCGCCAGCCUAUCGCAAUGCCGUGUCUGCUAUAGAGAAGCUGACGACACCGCCGAGCUUGCCCGGCUUCCUGGGCAAACCUAUUCUUAACGCUGCUACCCUGAUGAAGGAUGACAACAGCGUUUUGAACAUGCCCAAUCAUACCGUUCUGAAUCAUCUCGCUACCAGCAGUAUCAAAAACAAUGUUCUGGCUGUGUCAGCAACUACUAGAUAUCACAACAAGUAUGUCACUACGAUUAUUUACAAGCCUACUUCUACGGAUGAGGGUUAAAAAGGGUCUCAUUAUACAUUGACAGAAGGGGGAGAAGGCGGAUGGCUGGUGAAGACUCUGUUUUGUGGUGUUUGAAAGAGGGUUAAUAUGUAUUAUUCUUUUUUGAUUUUUUUGCUUCCUUUACCCCCCCUUUUUUUGCUCUCUUUCCUCUAUUCACGGAGGAGUGCUCUUUUACUCAUUCCUCUUUUAUUGCUACGAUACGGGUAUUUCUUAUAUGGCAUGGUGGAAAUCAGCUGCGGGUUAUUAUAUCGCUGGCUUCCGUGGUGAAGCCUGGUGGUUGCAGUAGAGAUCCGAGGGGUUCGCAAUGAACCAACCAGAUAGACAGAUGGGCGAGAUGUAUGAGUCCUCGCACAAUUUACAGUGCAGUUUGCUU